GUCAAUGACGUCAGGGCCCCAACUUUUCUGAAGAGCGCAGAUACAAUUUAUGAACACAGAAGUUGGGCAAAAUGUGUUUUAAUGGCACUGAACACGAUUUCUGGAACUCGAAACAUUAGAUAAUAUAUCUAUGUAGUUAAGUGAAACUGUAAGUCAUGUACAGUGAACGCGAGUGUUUGUAUAGAUGUAAACACAGUUCAUUCACAUGGACGCUAUUUCUAUCAGUCCUGGUGAUAAAACAGCAGCAGUCUGUUAUAUCUUCAUCUGUGGAGGUUCAAGUGAAUGUUGACAAGCAACUACGAAACCUGAAGCACUUUUGGAGAAGCACUGGAUUCUGCCCUCCACAGCCACACACUGAUGCACACCUGUAUGAUCUCAGUCCAGACCAGCAGAUGAAUCUGGCUUUGAUCGGCUCUGUGCCGCACAGAGGAAUCCAGCAGGUGCGGAUACACUGGAUGCUGGAGCUGGUGUCCGCACGAGUUUACAGUGGAGAAUAUCACUACAACUUCACUCACUUAGACCAGCUGAUUGACCUCCUCUGGCAAAAUGGACUGCAGCCGGGGUUUGAACUGAUGGGUAGCGUGUCCAACACCUUUAGCAACUUUGAGGACAAAAGACAAGUUACUGAAUGGAGGAAUUUGGUCUUUUUGAUCGCCAAAAGAUACAUAUGGAAAUACGGCCUCGGCUUUGUCUCUCAGUGGAACUUCGAGACGUGGAAUGAGCCGAACAACCACGACUUUGACAACAUCACUGUGUCAAUCCAAGGGUUCAUGAACUAUUAUGAUGCCUGCUCUGAGGGCCUUCGUACAGCGAGUCCACUCUUGAAGUUCGGGGGUCCGGGAGACUCCUGUCAUUCUCCGCCCCGCUCGCCGUACUGCUGGGAGAUGCUACAGCACUGUUACAACGGCACAAACUACUUCACUGGAGAGACCGGCGUACGGCUAGACUACAUCGCCCUACACAAGAAGGGAGGUGGCAGCUCGUUACCCAUCCUGCAGCAGGAAGUGGCCACUGUGCGGGAGAUCCAGCAGAGGUUUCCACAGUUUUGUUCUGUGCCGAUCUACAAUGACGAAGCAGAUCCAUUGGUUGGCUGGAACAAACCACUCACCUGGAGAGCAGAUGUCACCUAUGCAGCCAUGGUGGUUAAG